AUGGUUCGAAUUUCUAUAGCAAGACUGUGUGUGCUUUUAAUAUGUCUAGUUGGUCUGGUAAAGUCGCAAAUCGAUGACGAGGAAGAAUAUGAAGAGGGCCCAUGUGGACGUUGGAGACCGGGUGAUGUGGAUCUGCGAUCGUUUGAUUUGAUCCGUGAAUUCCGUUUGGAUCAGAUUGAGGCUAGCAGCAAGCACAUGCAUCGCUUGCAAGGCACCAACGAGUACCAGACGGCCUAUCGAUUCGAGAAGGAAGCCAACCUCACGAUGCGCUCGGUAGACGCUUUUCCACUCGGAUUACCUCAUCAGUUUUCAUUCGAGUGUACGUACCGCAUCGAGGACGAGGGUGAUUCCUCCUGGCACCUGUUUGAGGUGACGAACGAGGUACAGGAGAGUCAGCUGGCAAUCACGCUGAAUCCCGGUAGGCAGAUUCUGCAGAUUGGUUUACCAGCGACCGAAGGCGAACAGCAGAUAGUGGAGUACCAUCACACUUCGCUAUUCGAUCACAACUGGCAUAAGAUAAUGCUAGGUGUGACCAACGAUUACCUUAACCUUUGGGUCGAUUGCCGUCCCGUGCGUGAUACUGAUGGAAACUUGAACGUGCCCUUAGAGCCAAGGGACCGCUUUGACAUUUCGGAUGGCUACGUUUCAAUAUCCCGGUUCGCGGAAACGUCCGUCUUUGAACCAGAAUCACCAGUGAUCGACCUUCAGUGGAUGGUGAUGAACUGUGAUCCUACCCGACCGGCACGCGGGAAUUGCGACGAGCUACCUGUAUAUGACGUGGCAUCUUUAACGGCGAAACUUCCGGAAGGACCCACUCCAAAACCGGACUGUAAUGCCGUUUGUCCCCCAGGAUACAAUGGAACUGAUGGUUCACCAGGUCCAGCAGGCCCUCCUGGUCUACCAGGUCUAAAGGGAGAAGUGGGAGCUUUUGGAAGAAGGGGUCCUCCUGGACCACGCGGAUUAGAAGGUCCACCGGGUGUUCCAGGAAUCGGACAGAAGGGAGAAAAAGGAGAAACCGGAGCAGGUGUUGCUGGUUUGAAAGGUCAAAAAGGAGAACCAGGUGCAGCUGCGGUGGCUGGAGCGGCUGUUGCUGGACCCGUCGGCCCGAGAGGUAUGCCCGGACCGCAAGGUCUUCCUGGCACAGGAUUGAGAGGUGAAAAAGGUGACAGCGGUUCUCCCGGACGUGAUGGGCAAUCAAUAGCUGGUCCGCGAGGACUUAUCGGGCCUCCCGGAGCACCAGGACUUCCAGGUGCUGAUGGGUUACCUGGAGCCUCAGGCCAAAAGGGAGAACGAGGUGCACCAGGUGCAAGAGGUGAAGACAGUGUUGGAUACCCUGGAGAACCUGGUCCAAUGGGGCAGAAAGGUGAACCUGGUAAUGCAAGGGCAGCAGCUGGAGUUGCCGGACCUCCUGGAUUACCCGGCCCACAAGGAAAUGAUGGAUUGCAAGGAGAGAAAGGUGAGUCCGGAAAGCGAGGACUCCCUGGCACCCAAGGGCUACCGGGAAUUCCUGGCGCUCCAGGUCUUCCGGGACCUCCCGGUCCACCCGGUGAAGGCUCCACCGAAGGCGGCGGUAGUGGACGAUACUUUGAGAAUCUCAUGUCAUAUAGCCACCGUGGCCCUACGGGAUACACCGGCUUGCCCGGCGAGCGCGGUGCUGGAGGUCUUCGCGGUCCAGAAGGUGCCCCGGGAGUACCAGGCUCCCCCGGCGUAGAUGGAGCUCCUGGACCGCAAGGUAUACCCGGGCUUUCGGGACAAACGGGUCCACCUGGUGUUCCUGGAGUCCCUGGGCGAAGCUAUACAGAGGCGGAAGUAAGCGACAUCUGUCGUGCAGUUUUGAGGGAUCAUAUCGCCGAGCUUACGGAAGGAUUAAUUGGACCUCCUGGACCUCCGGGUGUUUCGCGGCCCGGAAAACCCGGCACCCCUGGGCGUCCGGGAGAGAAAGGAGAGCGUGGAUUCCCAGGAUUUGCUGGGGAUAGAGGUAUACCGGGAGAAAUGGGAGUACCUGGUGUUGCUGGACCACCCGGAGAACGUGGAGAACCUGGUGUACCGGGUGAGAAUGGACGCGAUGGUGUGGGUUACGUUGGUCCGCAAGGUUCGGUCGGUCUUCCCGGUCCCCCGGGCGAUUCCGUGAUAGGUCCACCUGGUAGAGCAGGUGAACGUGGAGAGCCUGGCAAGGCGGGCCACCCUGGCGUUCGUGGAGCACCUGGUAUUCCUGGCGCUUGUCCGAACGAUUGCUACAUGGCGGCUGCGGCUGCGGCUCAGAACUUCCGAACAAACCAGCAAACCAAGGGUCCAAAUUAUUAA